AUGGGCCCAGCUUUCCUAUUUUGCCUGCUCUCUUUCCAACUAACUUUUGUUGCUUCCGCAAGAAACAUUUCUCUCAAGUGCAUGCAAGAUACUGAUGAGUUCCUUUCCGAUCUGAAUUCGGUGGAGCCCCAAGAAUACGCUUUAAGAAUGUAUGACUCUGUGGGAAAGCUUGGGAGCAACAUUCUUAAUGGAAAUGUGGACAGGCUGGGGUCUUACAGUGAGUGUCUCUCUGCCCAUGCUUCCAAGGGGCGCUUCCGAGGACAGUACUGCAAGCUCCACAUACUGCAGGAUGGAGCCGACUACAGCGUGGGCGUGUGUGUCCCUGAUUCUUGUGCUGAAGAGGAUGUGACCAUGAUGUCUUGGCUGGGUAUUUUAAGAUACAGAAAUACUUCAUUUUUGGCUCCUUCCCGCUCACCCUUCACAAUAAAUUCUUCCUCCUCUCCUGUCGGGAGUGUGGCCAGAUGUGCUGAGAAUGUUCCCCCGGACACAUUUGCAGUCAUCUGCCUGUCAGGGUUUCUAGAUGCCGUGGCUCAGUGUUUUUCGUGGCAGAAGAAUGUGCCGGCCAUCUGGACUACAAAGACACCGGGAACCACCUGCCCUGCCCUGAAUGGCAUCCGCAUCUUGAGUCUCCUCUGGAUCGUCUCGGGACACACCAGUCAGCUGACCGCAUGGCUGUCUUUGGAUAAUGUGCUCGAAUGGAAAACCAGAGUGCUAAAAAACCCACUGUACCUUUAUGCUCGGAGCGGCCCAUUCUAUCUUGGGGUUGACACAUUUUUCCUGAUCAGUGGUUGGUUAAGUGCAAGGUCGUUUUUAAAGAUACAUCAGAAUUCAGAAGAAGGAAUAACCCGUAAGGUCAUACGCAGAUACUUCUUCAGUCGCCUGAUAAGGCUGCAGCCUCUUCGCAUGUAUUCUGUGUGUCUGCUGGUUGAACUGGUCACGCUUGCUCCCUGGGGACCUGUCUGGGAAGUGCCCAAAUUCCGCUGGGAUAACUGCCGGCAGGCCUGGUGGACAAACUUGCUGCUUUUAAACAACUUCCUGUCUCUCCGGAAUGCGUGCAAUGGCUGGACAUGGUACCUUGCCAAUGACUUCCAGUUCCAUCUCACUACACCAGCGAUCAUCUUUAUCCAUGAAAAAAGCAAACAUGUCCUCAUCCUCCUUGGUGCCGUGCUGCUCCUGGCAUCUUUCACGGUCACUGCUCUGCUCACUCUGGCUUAUAAACUGCCUGUGGCGGCUCCGUCAGAAGCCAGUGAAAAUGUGAAUAUAUUGUAUUUCUUGGAGUACUACACAAAGCCCUACUGCCGAUUUGGGCCAUUCCUUGUAGGCCUCUUUCUGGGCAUUUUCAUGCCAAACCACCAGGAAACCAUUCUCAAAACCAAGGUGCAGGCCUGGCUGGGGUGGAGCUGCUCUCUGUCCACCCUGUUGGCGGUGGUUGCGCUGGCCUACACGGUGGACGACGCCUCUGCUUCCCAUCCAGCGGCCGUGGCUGUCUACCAGGCCGUCCACCGGACCCUGUGGGCGGCGGCCGUGGGCUGGGUCCUUCUCGCAUGCCAGGAAGGCUAUGGAGGUCUGGUGAACCGGCUGCUUUUCUUGGGAGUCUGGAGUUUCCUGGCCAACAUCAGUUAUGCUUGCUACCUGGUGCAUCCGACUCUGAUUAUCCUCUACAAUGGGCUUCAGGAAACACUUAUUCACUACACCGAUAUCAACAUGUUCUAUCUUUUCUCUGGACACUGUUUACUGACUUUCAUCGCUGGGCUGGCCCUGACGCUGUUCGUUGAGAAGCCAUGUCAGGAACUGAAGCGGUGCCUGCUGGGCCGUGAUCGUUCUGAUUAA